AUGCACGAUUUGGAAUUGAGGGAGUACAUAACAGUCGGAUACAUUCGAUGGUGCGGACAUCCGCUUCCGCAGCUGGCUUGGAUGCGAGCGGUUGAUAUCGAGCCGCAAGUCGAUCGCAACCAGCAGCAAAGACGGGGAGACGAGACGAUCAGACCGACACCAAAGGUCAUCUACGUCCCCUCCGAUUUGCCCCGUAUCCGAAUCAAUCCCUCUGCUCUAAUAAACUGCUAUUGCGGUAAGCCACGACACUAUGCCAACGAGUGCACCGUACCCAAGUUCCGAGAAGUAGAGGUUGAACAAGCGGACGAACGUCUAGACGCAGAAGAGGACUGUGCGGGCCGAAACGGGACGAGAAACGGCGCCGCUAGGGCAAACUCUCCUUCCCAUGCGGAAGCAAGUAUUCCAAUUCAAUAUCGACAUGUCUAA